AUGUCGCAACAAUCUUCACCCAAGCACAUGCAUAUCCCAACUGAAACCAAUGGAUCAUCUUCCCUAACUGUUAGGGCAAAUGAAACAUUCCAAAUUAUCAACCUGGUUGAUCUGGUCAUGGAUAUUGCUCCCUUAUCCAUGAUUCAUCCACCCCCUCAGAAGAAAGUUAUGCCAUAUGUGUCAAAGAAUGUCAAGACUUCUGGUAAGUCUUCUAAACCUAUAAUCCCUAGUGAAGAUAAAACUAUUGUUGAAGAAGGGUCUAGGUCUAAAGGGUCUGAGAUGAGAAACCUUACUAUGCAUGCUGGAGGCACUGAGAAUCAAACGGAAGCAGAGAGGAGUGCCAUUGAUAAGGAACUUAGGAAGUUUGUUACAUCUAUUUUGAAGGAAGUGAACAUGGAUGUUUUGCCAGAUGUUCAAACAUCUUUGGCAAAAGAAACUAGCACUGACAAUGAUUCUGGCGAAAAAGAUGAGGAAAGUGUUCCUAAACAUGCUGCUCUUGAAAGAAGGAGUAAGAAGAAAGCUGAUGAUUGUGUCCCUGAGCAUGCUUCUUAUGAGAGAAGAAGUAAAAAUAAAGCUGAUAAUGUUGUCAAUGUUGAUGAACUAUCUUCUGAUGAGGAACCUCUUACCAAUAUUAUGACUCCUAGUAGAGCCAAGAGACUGCAGAGACAAAAAGGAAAGGCAGUGGUGUUUGAAAAUUCUCCCUCCAAGGAGAUAAAAAGAAAAACUGGUGGUCUGAAAAGUACUCCCUCUAGAAGCUCCAUAGGAAAAUCUCCUAUUGGUCCUACUAGAUCAUGGAGUAAAGUUGUUACCCUUACUAGGAAGAGGAAAGUUGUCUCUUCUAGUGAUGCUGAGUUUGAUGUUGAAAAGGAUGUCCAGGACAUCACGCUAGUAAAAAGAUAUGCUACCAAGAAGCCUCAUGUUGCUGUGCUCGAGGCUCCAUUGGACAAUGUUUCUUUACAUUAUAUGAGGAAUGCUGAAAGGUGGAAGUAUGUUAUUCAAAGGAGGGUAGCUCUAGAUAGGGAAUUGGGUAAGGAAGCCCUAAAAUGUAAGAAGGUUGUAGAGCUUAUAAAAGUUGCUGGGUUGAUGAAGACUGUUAGAAAAUUUGGCCCUUGCUAUGAAAGUCUAGUCAAGGAGUUUGUGGUGACUGUUCCUGAUGGGUGUGAUGAUGUGAAAAAUGUUGAUUAUAGGAAGGUGUAUGUUAUAGGAAAUGUCGUGACAUUUUCUCCAACUGUAAUCAAAAAAUUUAUGGGAAGAAUAGAAGUAACUCAGGCUGAGCUAGAGGUUACAGAUGACCAAGUGUGCAAGGAGAUAAUUGCCAAGCAGGUAAGACACUGGCCAAACAAAGGAAAGUUGUAUGCUGGAAAGUUGAGUGUCAAAUAUGAUAUCCUUCAUAGGAUUAGGAUUGGUAACUGGGUGUCCACUAAUUGUAACGGUGCAUUCAUGACCAUCGAGCUAUGGAUAAACCUAGCGUCAGUGAAACUAUAG